UGUACCAGUCUUGCAGAAAUAUUUCAUUUUUAGAGGGUGCGAGUCACCUCACCCCCGUUCCACUGUGUAGUACUUCGCAAGAGGAGAUGCAUUCACGUUGUAGCUGUGGCUUUUCAAAUGCCAACUCUAUGUGCUCCCAGGCGAACGGGACGCACACUGCAGGUGACUGGACUGGCUUAUCAAAGUUUCUGCCCAUUUGACGAGUCUUCGGCAUUGUCUUGUAUUGAAGACUUCCCUUACAACACGACUAUCGGCGCUAUCGGGACUGGUGGACUGGUACCGGCGCGGGAAGUGAGUGACUGGUUCCUAACUGUUCUGACGGUACAUCAGUAAAACUUUCGGAAAUGCCGAGUGUAUGCAGUUGAGUAUCCAGCUUUCUCUGAGCUUGGCAUUCUUUGAGGGAGUAGUAAUUUUGCGACGAUACCUCCUGGAACUCAUCCCGGUGCAUAAAAUAGUACUAUGGAGGCGCCCGGGCGUCGGAGUGGACCUCGAGGCUGCCACGAGUCACGCCUCAUCCUUGCCGCAAACAGGGGAAUGUUUGCCGCAGCGUCGAGAACUCCCAGGAAAGAGUCCGUUCUCGGAAUCGCGGAAAAUCUUAUGCGUGAACAGGCAGGCGGAAGCGGGGUUUGGAUGUCACGAAAUAUUUAGUGACACGAAAGGAAGCUUCCGCCGACGUGGAAGCUGAUGUGCGAUAGGGGUUGCGGUGCUUAUAGCGGCGUACCAGGAACUCGCCUGCGCGGCCGGCCUGCCAGCCACACGGUUUCCCGUUCCUGGGUAAUCACGAAAGAAAUGCGAGAACGAUGCAGGGGUUGCAUUUGCCUUUUCGCGCGCUAACUUGUGGGCUUUUUUCCCGAUGAACGACUCGCGAAGUGCUUUUCUCUUGGCGAACGAGGAAAUUGUUCGGGACGUUCUCCCAUUCUUCGAACGGCUGAACAGGCGACAAAACUGCUUGAUGCGCGGGCGCAUUCGGUUUUCGCUUCUUCUCUCCUGGGAGACACGGCUGCGUGCCGCGUAGGUCCCCUGACAGAGCCGUGAAUCUGAAAGCGGCGGGCCAAGAGGAAGUCAGGGAAAAUAACGUAGGGAGCUGCGAUCAAUUGUCGACUCGUGCUCCGUCAAAUUUUGUUCGGCUGCCAGUGCCGAGCGAGGAACACAGGGAAGCGGUAUCGAAACACCUCCCAACGACGACGCUGCUGCGACAUUGGCCAAUAAUCUUCUUUGGACUCAGCGAUCCUAUUCGAUUGGCUGAAAUGGAUCUUUUUCGCCGUCUAAUUCCCUCAAACAAGGAUGGGUCAGGUGACCAUUCCCAGCGGGGGCGCUUGCCGCCCAAUAAAUGCGUCAUGUCCAACUUCAACUUUGGUCCUACCCUUGGCACAGGUUCUUUUGGGCGUGUGUUCAUGGCGAAACGGAAGGACGACCCUCAUGCACCUCCAGUCGCAAUCAAGAGGCUGAAGAAAGCGGCGGUUAUCCGUCAGAAACAAGUUGAUCACAUUCUCUCAGAGAAGAGAAUCCUUCAGAUGAUCAAUCAUCCGUUCACGGUCAACAUGCUUGGGACGUUCAAGGACGAUCGCUACCUCUACAUCGUCAUGGAAUACGUUAUCGGCGGCGAAUUUUUCACUCUUCUUAGAAAGACGAGACGCUUCGAGAACGAUGCUGCGCGGUUCUAUGCUGCGCAAGUCACUCUGAUUUUUGAGUACCUGCACGACCGUAACAUCAUCUACAGAGAUCUCAAGCCUGAAAAUUUGCUGGUCGAUGCCGAAGGCUACUUGAAGCUGACAGAUUUCGGUUUCGCCAAAGUCAUCGAGUACCGCACAUACACACUGUGUGGAACUCCAGAAUACAUCGCUCCGGAGGUGCUUCUGAACAAAGGGCAUGGGAAGCCGGUUGACUGGUGGACGCUGGGAAUCCUGAUCUACGAGAUGAUUCUCGGCUAUCCUCCCUUCUUUGACGACGAGCCCAUGGGAGUUUACCAGAAAAUUUUGGGAGGCCGGAUAGCGUUUCCGAAAUUCUUUGAUAAGAACGCUAAACUUCUCGUAAAGCGCUUGCUAACCCCUGACCUUGCUCAGCGGUACGGUAACUUGAAAAACGGGGUGGCCGACGUCAAGGACCACAGGUGGUUCGCUGGAUUCGAUUGGAACGCAUGUUUAAAGAAAAGCCUGCCUUCGCCUUACAAGCCUCCUGUCAAGGGAAUGGAUGACACUUCCAACUUUGAGGCAUACCCAGAGUCAACUGAACAAGCGCCUCCUGUCACGGGCACCAUGGACCCUUUCACGUCGUGGUAAUCUUGGACCAUUUUGUGUCGCUGUGGCAGCUACGCCAUAGCCACUGUUUUAAUCCUGUAUGCAGGCAGGUACUUUCACACAAGUGUACUUUCCAAUCGACCUUUCCCAAUAAGCAUGAAUACAUACAGUGAGACUAUACUGUGUUGUCGGCAAGGCUGCUUGUGCGCCGUAGAUUGCCGAGGCAGAUGUGAAACGUGGGUUUACCCAUUACUCCCGCUGAAUCCUGUGUCUUUAAUCCUCGGUCGUAUAUUCCUUUCUGUACUAUCUUACUGGAAAAAACCGUCUCGUGUUUCGCCGUACCGGACGAAGUUACGGUACAGCUUGUUAAAAUGCCCUGCUCUUCCUUAAGUCCGGACUCGAAAGGAGUUGGCAAUCGUUUGCCUGAAAAGCGCG